AUGUCCAGGUUCUUUGCGGGCCAACCUUUCCGUACACGUGUUCCACCACCGCAGCUGGCCAGCUUGAAGAACUCAAGUGCAAGGACUGUGUGCCACUGGGUGAGAAUCAAUAAGAUGCACGACGAUCGGCAGAGAUUCUUUGGAUUUGAGGGGCGAAGUGGGUUUGCGGAAGUGUCUGCAAAUUUUCAAGCAGACUCUCUUUGCAGCCUUUGCAUUUUUUUGCUACCCCCAAAUCCAGUUGAAUUUCAGGUCGACCGCCCUGUCACCUUCACAUCUCGUGCAGGGGGCCUGCAGGUGUGA